AUGAUAGACUCCCGGAGCUUCCCAUUGAAAAAACUGGAAAUUACUCAAGAGGAAUCAAUUAAUGUUGAUCAUCCAGUUGUUCAUACCACUGAAAACGUGAUUCUUCAGUUUAACCAACCGUAUGAACCAAUGAACGGCAUAGAAAAACUUCAGAGAGAGAAAUUGACUAUUCGGAAUAUUAUGACCAGAAACGUCGAUGCUGUGAAAAUUAUCAAAGACUGGAAGAAAAACGGAAGGAAAAUUGGAACGGAGUAUUUCCUCUGCUUCUCUUUUGAUCUUUGGAUCGAAGGAAUGUUGAAAGAUUUAAAGAGAGAAUUCAAUGAGUUCCAGAACGAUUUGGAGGGGAUCAAUGUGCGAUUUCUCAACAAACAACCGCGAUUUUUGAUUCCAAUAAACCCAAUAUCCAAGAUUAUCAUCUUUGGAACUGAGAUACAGUCAAAGGACGGCACUGUCUAUCAACUUGUGUUGAAGGUGGUCUCUACGGAUGAGUGA